CUCAGUCCGGCCGGUCGCGUAAUUACCUCACGCAUCGUCUUCUCCCCUGACCUCCUCAACUCCUCUUCACUUUUCCGUUCCCCAACCUCAAUCAGCGCCAUGGGACGGCUCUGGUUUGUCGAAAUUUCUAGCCGUUUUGCAGAAAUUAAUGGAGGAGGAGAUCAUGAUUCAUUGAUUCCCAAGAAAUCUCUUCCGAAUUUGCAACGAAGAUUGAAGAAAGGGAGAAAUCAGAAGGGGAAUCGCCGAAUCGGCAACAGCACGCAGCUGGGCAGGGACCGGAAGGUCGCCGGCGCGGCGGCGGCAGCGCCCAGCGGUCAGCAACAAGGGCCAGCACGGUGGUAAUGUGGUAGGGCAAGCCAGCGAGGCAGCGACAUCGAGUUGAGCAUCAUCUUGGCUGCAGCCUCCAGGUGCAUUCGUUUCAACUUUUAAUUGCAUUUCCUAAUUCAUUUUGUGUAGUGCCAACAUGUCAUCGAGAAUUAUCUAAAUCUGGUGAUGAUGCCAUGGCGAGAAGCAAUGCUAAAACUUUAUAUGAUGUGAUUGGUACUUUUGAGUUUUUACUUAGCAUAGUUAUUUGGCAUGAUAUUUUGUUUUACGUUAAUAUGGUGAGUAAAACAUUGCAAUCCCCAUCCAUGUGCAUUGACUCAACCUUGAAACAGAUUGAGGGCAUAAUGGAAUUUUUUGGUAAGUAUAGAAGUACAGGAUUUUCAGCUAGUUUGAUCAUUGCCAAAGAACUUGCAAAUGAUAUGAAAAUACAGCCAUCAUUUCCAAUAAAACGACGUGUUACUAGAAAAAAACAUUUUGAUGAAAGUGAUGAUGAUGCUAACAAUGAAGAGAUCCUAGCUGCAGAAAAAGCUUUCCAAGUUGAUUUCUUUUAUGUUAUGGUGGACAUGGCAAAUACUUCAUUGAAAAAUAGAUUUGAGGAACUUGGAGUUUUCAAAGAAAUAUUUGGGUUUAUGCUUAGCUCAUCAAAUUUGAAGUCACUGGAUGAUGUUGAGAUACAAAAAUGUUGCAAAAAAUUUGCUAAAACUUUCUCUCGUAAAGAUCCAAUCUCUCAUAAAGAUGUAUUUGAUGUUGACUCUGAUGAUCUUUUUUCCGAAUUAAGAAUGUUGCAAAUGACCUUACCAGAUGAACCUAUGUGUGCUGCGGAGAUGUUUGAGUUUGUUAGAAGUAUAAAUUGUUUCCCAAACAUUGCUGUUGCUUAUAGAAUUUUAUUUACCAUACCCGUGACAGUAGCUUCAGCUGAAAGAAGCUUUUCAAAACUGAAAUUGUUAAAAAAUUACCUAAGAUCAGCAAUGUCACAAGAGAGAUUGAAUGGUCUAGCUACUAUAUGCAUUGAGAAGGGCCUAUUGGACCAGAUUAAUGUUGAUAAUAUUAUCAAUGACUUUGCCUCAACAAAUUUUAGAAAAAAACGAUUUACAUAAUUAGUGCACUUGUCUAUUUUGCAAGUCAAUACAAAAUCAGAGUACAAGCUGGAGUAUUGGCAGGAGACCUGGAGUGCAAGAACAAGUGUGAGCAGGAACACGAGCUAGAAUUUGAGUUGAAAUGCAAUAAGAUCGUGACUCGUGAGUAGCCGCCAAGAUUGUAUUCAAUGAUCAAAUUUCUAUGAAAUAAAACAUCAGAAAUCAUCUCUA